ACUUCAUAUAUUCAUUGUAACUUAAUUGUUUGUUAAAAGCACGUAUAGUAAAUCUGCGUGGUUCGAUGAAACGAGGUGAUUGAAGAAGUCAAGCUGGUCAUUUUGCGUACUUCCUGACACUCAAAUGCUUAUGAUAUGAUAUCACGUACGAUUCUCAAGCAAAACGUUUUUUUUAUUGGCGCAUAACUGUUUAAGACUGAUUUGUUAGGUUCUGAUUUUCGCUGUUGCAUAAAUAGCGCUCUCUACUGCGAGGAUCGUGCAUCGUACGUAGACUGAUUUGUAAUCAUCAAAGUGCAAAUACAAAGGUCCUGACACGUGAUUUGUUAAUUAUAAACCCAAACGUGCUCUUUACCUCAGCAGGCAUUGCCGUCGAUGUCACGAAUCGACUAAGAUGAGAAAAUCGAGAGAAGAGGGUAAAGUUGCAGACGAAAACGAGAGUCAAAGGGAGCAGAAGGGACGCCGUAAGAGGUUUUGUAAUCCUUUCAAGUCUUCAAAGGAUGAGGCGCAUCCUGAUGGUAAUUACGAUCUUCCUCUCGUCGACUAUCACCUUGUGGCAGACCCAGACAGGACCUUUGUUUACGAUGACGGUGCUAUGGAAGUCAGCGACACUGGGGUAACCUCUGUGUCGCCUCGUGCUCUGAAGAUUUUUGAGGCGAUUCGUGAAGAUGAAGCGGCACUGGUCUUAGAGGAGCUCGGUAACUUGCAAGACGCCUACGAGAUCGACAAGAAAGACCGCCAUGGCUUCGCUCUCAUUCAUGUGGCAGCUCGAUACAAUUUAAACAGAAUAGUCCACACUCUGUUAGAUUAUGGAGCAGAUAUUAACAUUGGUACCAGUCAGUACAAGUGGACACCUCUACACUUAGCCGCCAGGUUCAAUGGUCUCUCCACUAUUAACGUACUUUUGCAACGAGGAGCAGACCCCUCUAUUAAAGGUAACAAAGGUAGCACCCCACUGCACUUUGCAGCGCGCCGAGGAAACGAAGAGAUCGUCAAAGCUCUUCUGGAGCAUCCUUCAGUAAAGAUUGACGAAAAAGAUAGCUCAGGAAAAACUGCUUUGCACUUAGCUUGCAGCGAAGGACACAGCAAAGUUUCUCAAAUUCUCAUGAAUUACGGAGCUGACAUUAAGGCAAUUUCGGCGGACAAGUCGACGCCCCUCCACAAUGCCAUUGUUCAUGGGCAUUCACAGAUCGCAAGACUUGUAUUUAGGCGAGCCUCAGACAGCGACCUUUGCACCAACACAAAGGAAAUGGUGGAAAACGAAGAUCUUCAGAAUAACACAGUUCUACAUUUGGCGGCGUGGAAUAAUGACGUGAAGACCGCUGAACUUUGUCUUGAAAAUGGCGCUAACGCCAACUCGAAGAAAUCUGACGAAACUAGUGCACUGCAUUUGGCUGCUACCCGAGGGAACCUAGAGGUGGCUGAGUUGUUGUUAUCUCGAGGGGCUUCUGUUGACGUAAAAGACGGAGACUCCAAAACGCCUCUUCACAGGGCAGCCAUGUUCAACCAAACGAAAUUCAUUGAACUUCUCAUGGACAAAGAUGCCAAGUUGAAUGCACGAGAUGGCGAAGGCCGUUCGCCAUUCCUGAAUGCGGUUGCCGCUGGUCACGUUGAAGCAGCCAGGGCUCUCCUUCAACAUGGAGCUGACAUCUCUGCAACUGACUUGCUUAUGAAGACCUGUGUUCACCUCGCGGUAGAGAAUGAAAAGCUCAAAAUGCUUGCCAUGCUUUUAGAGACUCGCGAGGGUACCAACAAUUUGUCCAAAGCAGAUCUGUGGGAUAGGGUCCCUUUACACAGUGCCGCCCUUACAAAAGACAUAAAGAUUCUAGAGGUGCUGUUAUCCAAACAGAAGCAAAUGUCCUACAGAGAUGUGAAUUAUAGAACCCCUCUCCAUCUCGCUGCAGAAUCAUCUUCAUCCAAACAUGUUGACAUGUUAGCGAGGCGGAUGUGUGGUGUUAACGAUCGAGACGACCUUGGGCGAACCCCCCUUCAUUGUGCAGCCAGGAAAGGACAGCGGAAAGCUUGUCUAGUACUUUUAAGUAUGGGAGCUGAGAUAAACAGUAGAGACAACAUUUCCCAAACUCCGCUGAUGUUGUCGGUGAAGGGAAACCACGCUAAAUGUGUUGAGCUUUUGCUUGACUACAAAGCUUCAGCUGACCUUCAAGACAACGAUGGUGACUCUGCAUUACACAUGGCAUGUGGGCAGGGGCGUGGAGCUAUCGUAGAACUUCUUCUAAAUCGUGGUGCAAGCGUAGUCCUGUUAAAUGAUAGAAAUCAUGCAUGUUUGGAAACGGCAGCUAAAGCGGGAUCCAGCGAUGCCUCCAUGAUAUUUGUGAAGCACAAACGGUGGUCAGAAUUGGAGAACUACAAAACAUCAACAGGCCAAAAUGCCAUGUCACUCCUUGUUGAGAAUUUUCCAGAAGCAGCGGAAGUGUUGCUUAAUCAAUGCGUGCAUCACUCUCAACGUCUCAACGCUUCCGAUCCAGACUACGCUGUCACCUAUAACUUUAAGUACUUGGAUCCAGGCCCAAACCAUAAAGAUCGCUCUACAAGAUCCAGAUUCGCAGCACUUGAAGCCAUGAUCAAGCACAAGCGGCAGAGGCUCCUUCUUCAUCCACUCACGCUGAAGCUCAACCAAAGGAAAUGGAGUACGUUGGGAAGAUAUGUGUUCAUCUCAGAUUUUCUCACAUACCUCCUACUGAUGAUACUCAUCACCGCAUUCAUAGUUAUUCAAAGGGAGGGUCAGCAUUUCAGACCAUCGGAUAAUAAAAAAGCAAGGCCAAGGCGAAGUGUUAACACGAUGGGAAAUGAUGAAGACGACUACAAGCCUAAGCCCUCUGACAUUUAUCCUACGAAAACGCCUUUUACACAAGCUGCACCAGUCAUAAUCAUGAUGUUAUCCUUAUUUCAUAUAAUGAAAGAAUUUUUCCAGAUCUAUGUUCAACGUUGGAACUACUUUAAAGACACAUCCAAUUACCUUGACUGGGUCCUAUAUUUCUGUGCUGCAAUGUUCAUGGUCCCCUAGCUUACCAGAGCAGAUGACCUCGAUGACUGGUUUGGAGGCUUGUCUGAUCCACGCAUACUCUGGAUAACAGGAAUUUUCGCAAUCUUUGUGUGCUACAUGAACAUGAUGCUCUUUCUCAGGAGGUAUCGUUUAUUUGGCACUUACAUCUCAAUGUACAUUGAAGUGACUAAGACUGUUUUCCAGGUGUUGCUGGUAUUUGUGUUUCUCCUCUUGGCGUUUGCCUUGGUGUUUCACAUCCUCUUCAAGGAGCAGGCUGGAUUUCACACCCUGCAACACUCCAUUCUGCGUGUAAUGGUUAUGAUGAUUGGGGAGCUGGACUUUGGCGCAAUCUUUAUUGAUUCAAUCGGCGAAUACAAGAGUGAAAAAAAAACCCGUCCACUUAAUCCAUUCCCACAAGUUGGGUUCUUCUUCAUCUUCUUAUGUUUGUUUCUACUGGCCGUUGCACUCAUGAAUCUCUUGGUCGGUUUGGCAGUUGGGGAUAUCGAUCAAAUGAAAAAGUUUGCAACAGUGAGAAGAUUGGCAAUGCAGAUUGAAUAUCAAAUCGAAAUAGAGGAAGCCUAUCCUUCUUUCAUCAUAAACAGAGUAUAUCAAGAGGUUUACGUCGAAAAACCAAACAAAUACUCUAGACGCAACAGAGUGAUAGAUUGGUUAUACGCAUGGUUUGAUGAAGCCACUCCAGAGCCAGUAGCUGAUGAAGACAGCAAGACAAAUGAACUGGCCGUGCUACAAGAAGAGAUGACAAAGAACAAGAAAAGGAUCAAGACGAUGAUGGAAAUGCUAGAAGCACAAAACAACUUGCUCAGAAGUCUAGCACACAGAAUAGAUCCCAGCUUUGAGCUGCUGGGUGGGAACGAGGAGACCAGGGGUAGGGGUCGCAUGCAUGGUGUUGAUGGUCCAGAUGGUAAACAUCGUGCGCCCCAUGAAGGAGGAACAGAGAGCGAAGUACCGACGGAUGAUACGAGCGUGGAAUUCACUAGAGAAGAGAAAGCUGCAACUUCUCUCUUCGAGGGUGGCUUACUGAAAAACCUGGCGACACCGCGGUGGCUGAGAAAUAUGUCGUUCAAAAAUAACCUCCGAAGUAGCUACCUACUUUCACCAAAGGAAGACGAAACCAAUGGUAACACUAACGCUGGCGAAGAUCGAAAGAAAGCUCCUUUUGUAAGCAAAGAGAGACUAAAUUUGGAAAUGAGCGAACUUGGAAAGCCCAUUAUUUCUCGAGCCACCGGUAUGUUCGAAGCUGUGCGUGAUGGUAUAGUAGAUGUUGUCAAUGAACAACUCAGUAAGAAGGGAAAUGCCAAAACUAUCGACAAGUUAGAUCAGUCUGGACUUGCCAUGCUCCACCACGCAGCCCGUUACGAUCGAGUUCACGUCGCUAAAUCCUUGCUGGAGCACCGCGCUUGCAUCGAUGUUCGAACCAAAGAAGAUAACCUUACACCGCUUCAUAUCGCUGCAAGAUUUAAUUGCCUAGCAACCGUUCAGUUAUUGAUUGAAAGAGGUGCCAAGCCCACUUUAGCAUCAUUCAAUGGUAGCACGGCGUUACACUUUGCAGCGCGCCGAGGGAAUGAUCAGGUGGCAAAGCUUUUGUUACGUCAUGCCAAAGUUGACGUCAAUUCGAAGGACUCCUCUCACAUGACUCCAUUACACUUUGCCUGUCUCAGUGGAAACAUGGCUAUUUCAAAGAUGCUUCUUGAAGAGGGGGCAGAUAUACGGGCUAAAUCGACGGAGCUAAUGACUCCUCUUCACACUGCAGUGUACAACGGCAACUCCUCAGUAGCUUCUCUCAUCUUGCUGACUGCCACUGAGAGAAGACAGAAUAUCACUGAGCUUGUCGAGGAGCGGGACAUAAAUAAUAGCACAGUCCUACAUCUAGCAGCUGGAACAAAUGAUCUCAAAACAGGGGAGGUGUGUCUGCAGAAUGGCGCGGACAUUAACGCGCUCAAAUCGAAUAAUGAAACGUCUUUGUACGUGGCAACGGUGAAAGGAAACUUGCAGAUGGUAAAACUAUUGGUACGGAAAGGAGCUGAUGUAAAUGUUAAAAAUGCUGACACCAAAACUGUUCUUCACAGGGCAGGUGUGUUCAACCGUGAUGACAUCAUUUCCUUUCUACUCGAUCACGGAGUAGCUAUUGACGCACGUGAUGCACAAAGCAGCACGCCUUUCCUAGAUGCCGUGGCUGCUGGCCAGACAAGAUGUGCUCGACUGCUUCUCCAAAGGGGAGCUGACGUGAAAGCAUUCGACAUCUUCAUGAAGAACUGCCUUCACCUGGCAGUUGAGAACGGAAAUUUGGAGACACUUCAAAUGCUCCUAGAGGAAAAGUCUGUUCUAUUCAAUCUUUACAGACCAGAUGUCAACGAGAGAGUUCCACUGCAUUAUGCAGCCAUGGUUAAGGACGUUAGGAUAAUGGAUGCACUUUUGGCGAAACACACACGAUUCACUUUCCACGACUAAACGCAGCAAACUCCCCUCCACCUUGCUGCUCAGUAUGGAAUGUAUGAACAGGUGGAAGCACUGGCUCGUCGAGUAGCCUCUGGACUAAAUGACCGGGAUGAACAAGGAAGAACCCCACUUCAUUAUGCAGUUAUGAGUGGUCACAGAAAAGUUUGUUACACUUUACUAAAACUUGGAGCGGACGUAAGCACCAAAGACAGCAGCUCCUGGACACCAUUAAUGUUGGCGUCAAAGCUGGGCUGGGCAAAAUCAUGUCAAGAAUUGCUCGAUAUGCAAGCAUCUGCGGAUGACGUCAACAGUGAGGGCGACACUGCAUUGCAUAUUGCUUGUAAACAAGGUCACGUCAGCAUUGUAAACUUGCUGAUGGAAAAUAGUGCAAGUUUAACUGUUCGCAACAUCCAGGGGCUCACGUGUCUAGAGGCUGCAGUCCGAACAGGGAACAGCGAUGUAGCAAUGGCUAUGGUAAAAAACUCAAGAUGGCAAGAAAUUAUGGAGCAUAAGGACAUGCAAGGGCAUACACCCAUGAGGCUGCUAAUAGAACACUUCCCAGACAGUGCAGAACUGCUGAUGGACAGAUGUAUCAAGCGAUCGGAAAUGACAAGCACAAACGAUCCUCAGUUCACUGUUACCUAUGACUUUCACCUCCUUGACCCAGGUCCGGACGAUCCUGCUUUUGUGCACGGGAGACGUUUCUUCGGACCCAGCACCAUGGUGAAACAUGAACAAAAGAAAUUGCUUCUCCACCCACUAACACAAGCACUGUUGAAUCAAAAGUGGUCGAAGUUUGGUCGAUUCAUAUACUACUUAAACUUUUUUUCAUACUUGAUCUUUGUUGGUCUCUAUUCAGCUUUCAUCAUCAAUGUCAGGGAAAAGCAGACGUUUUUCCCAAAUGUGGAAAUUUGCUAUGUAUUUGAAGAUGAGGAAUUUGAUGAAGUUGUUGAAGAAUGUGAACCAGCGUCGAAUAUUUAUGACACGGUGACGUAUUUCAGCAAAGGAUUCUCAUAUAUAGUUUUUGGAAUCGCAAUUAUCCAUCUUGUAAAAGAGAUUUUACAAAUUCUAAUACAGAGACUAAGGUACUUUACGGAUUUAAGCAAUCUACUGGAAUGGGCACUGUACGGGACAACUUUCGCUUUCUUGUUGCCAUAUGUCUUGCCCGAUAAAACCAUUGAUGACUGGUUCGCCAAAAUAACAGAUCCUUACCUAAUUUGGCAAGUCGGCGUCACCUCAAUAUUCCUCUGUUACGCAAACUUGGUUUUGUUUCUCCGUCGGUUUCGUUUGUUUGGAAUUUAUGUCACCAUGUUUGUGGAGGUCACAAAGACGGUUGUUAAGGUCCUACUGGUCUUUCUUAUCUUCCUCUUUGGGUUUACAAUCGUUUUCUAUAUCCUCUUCAAAGAGCUGGAUUCUUUUCAAAAGCCCAGUAUCGCGUUUAUGAAGACAAUAGUGAUGAUGAUCGGAGAGCUUGAAUUCGAUGACACCUUUGUUGAGACUAUUGGGAAAAAUACUACGUCCGGAGCACGAAAGAAUCCUUUCCCUGAAACUUCAUUUGUAUUCCUUUCUUUAUUCCUUAUUCUAGUGGGCAUCGUUUUGAUGAACCUGUUGGUUGGCCUUGCAGUGGGAGAUAUCGAUACCAUUCAACAGAGUGCUACUCUAAAGAGGUUGGCCAUGCAGGUCGAGUUUGUAGCGGAGAUUGAGCAAAGCUACCCAAGAUUUGUUACGCGGCGACUUUAUCAUCCAGUUGUGACUUUGAGGCCCAAUCGACCCAGUCGCUUGAAAAGGUUUGCGGCUCUCCUUGGCUAUACGAUUGCGAGAUCCACAAAAAACACCCACGGCCUUCCUGAUAAUGAAGAGUUGAAGGACUCUGAGUAUACUGAAGUAAAAAAGCAGCUCGAAAAAACUAAAAAACGCGUCAAGGCGUUGGUGACUGCGAUAGAGGUCCAAAACGCACUGUUACGGCGAUUGGCCAUAAAGAUUGAUCCCGAUGCUGAGAUGGACCUACGAAGUCUGGAAGAGAAUAGACCCAAUCUGGGUGACGAGCGGGUAGCGUUAGGUGAGGAAAUGUUUGAUGGACAGCCGCCAAGUGAAACCACCGCAGAAAGACCGCAUGUUGAGGCCCGUACUACGGUUUGCUGACCUUCAGCUGCUCACUCAAAUCUUCAACACUUGAUAAGUCUUGUUGGUACAGCUGAAUCUGGGCUCUGGUUAAAUUUGGGUAACUUUUGGAGAGAAAGUAUUCGUAUUAUUCAGAAACUUUGAAUCAUCCUAAACUUUUCCGUUGGCUCACAUUUUAAGCCCACUCCUUAAAUAUUUGAUAUGAUGGCUUGGUCAAAGAUAUAAGAGUAUUAAUGUAGAAGACAGGCCGAGAGGGAACUAGGUAGAGAUCUAGGAAAGACCUGAAAGACUGAGAGGAGAUCUAAGAAAGAUCUGAAAAAAUAUAUUUUAGAUUAUUACUUUAUUCUUCUCGUCAUUAUUUGCGUUGCGUGUACCACAUUCAAAGCUUGGACACAAAAUAUUUUUCUGGGAUAGAAAAAAAGACAUCCUUUGGGCUGAGACAAAACGUUGCACCAUACCAAACAAUUACAUGUUACAGGGCACCUGGAAAUGGCUAUUCAGUAAAGGACAUAGACAACUGCAAAUGUUCACCUGGUAUUCACAAACCAGCUGUGAAUAGUCAGUAACUCGAGCUGAACCCUUUCUUGUUUAUUCGCACCGUACACUUAAUGGUUUAGUUUUCACUGAGAAGUCAAAAUUUUGUAGUAAACAGGAAUGGUAUACGAUGUCAAGGUUUCAUCGUAAAACAAAGCGUUAUUUUUCGAAAAAAAAAAAAAACCUGGAAAUCUCCCUGCGAUAUCAAUUAUCUGUCAGUAACAGUGCUACAUAAAUUUGAUUCGAAGAUUGAGUGAUUGAUUACCAAGCCCGUGUUUUGCACCUUUUUGUACCAGCGUGAGGACGAAGCGUGUUUGCGGUGUUCUAUUUUUUCCUUUUUUCAUUAAAAUAUUGAUAUUUUGUCAAAUCGUUUUGUAAAAAAAAAAGAAGGGCUAAGGUUUACUUGAA